UAAUAAAUGGGCUCGGAUUGAGAAGGAUUAAUCCUUAUGGAAGAGGUUUUCGAUACCCAAUCCUUAUCGACGUGGCAUUUGAGACAAACCACAACGCUGUAUAAUCUCGUGUUUUUUUGUGGUCAAAAAAUCAUCUCGGUGAAGGAAAAACAAAAGCUCAACGGCGAUUCCGAUCCUCGGCGAAGAUCUGGUUUAGUCAUCAUGGGACAAGAUUAUUCAUACACGCAGCCUUCUUCAUCAGACGAGCUUGACUUGACGUAUCUUCUUGAAUCAGAAGCUCAAAUUUACAAGGAUGAAGCUGAGAGUAGUUUGUACAUUGCAGAGUCGUUUCAGUACACACCUUCACCCGAGGCUGACGAUGGAAUACCGACGACUUGCUACUGUGGUUCUGAGCCGGAAAUUGCCACAUCUCACACGCAUAAAGAUCCAGGGAGAAGGUACUACACCUGCCCCAAUGUGGAUGAUGGGGAAUGCCACAUUUGGAAAUGGUGGGACGUAGCUGUUACGGAGGAGAUGACUGAGGUUAAGAGACAAAUGAGGCUGCUUAAGGAUCAAGCUUUUCAGUGUGAUCAGAAUGUGGUUAAGCUACAGAAGACAGUUUGUGAGCUACAGAAGACCGUCUGCGAGCAAAAGAAGAGCGUAUGGGAGGUCAAGAAGCCCUAUAUGAGGAUAAUGGUCUCAGUCCUGACCGUUCUUUUAGGUUUCGCGGUCAUGUAUAUGUCUGGAAUAAGUUCGAAGACGUAA